UGUAUUUCAUCUCGAGAGAGAGAGGGAGAGGGGGAGGGAGACUGUGUGGGUGAAGAGGAGAGAGGUCAAGAAGGAGAUGAACUUGGAGGAAAAUUCCAGGAAGCUUCAAGCUAGUAAAGCUGAAGCAAACGGCGACUCUCACAGAAUCUCAAGCUCAAGAUUUUCAUCACUUCUGGCCUCGAAAGAUCGUGAUUAUCUUCUUUCCCAAGAUGGAACUCAGGUGAAAGUUUCUGAUCUUGAAGGCAAGGUGCUUGGCCUUUACUUCUCUGCCAACUGGUACGCGCCAUGUCGAAGCUUCACCUCCCAAGUCUUAAUUGGUGCAUAUCAGGAUUUGAAGAGCAAUGGAUCUAAUUUCGAAAUUGUCUUCGUGUCGUCUGAUGAGGACUUGGAUGCCUUCAACAAUUAUCGUGCCAACAUGCCAUGGCUGUCCAUUCCAUUUUCAGAUUUGGAGACCAAAAAAACCUUAAAUAGUAAAUUUGACGUUGAAGCAAUUCCUUGUCUAGUCAUCUUGCAUCCUAAGGAUAACAAAGAUGAGGCAGCGUUACAUGACGGGGUGGAGCUCCUUCAUCGGUUCGGAGUCCAGGCUUUCCCAUUUACCAAAGAGAGGCUGGAUGAAUUAAAAUUGGAAGAGAAGGAGAAGCAUGAGAGGCAGACCCUAACCAAUUUGCUGACUUGCCACAAUAGAGACUAUCUUUUGGGUCAUCCCGCACCUAGACAGGUGCCUGUUGCCUCAUUGGUAGGCAAAACAAUCGGACUGUAUUUCUCAUCCCAUUGGUGUCUUCCAGGCGGGAAGUUUACUCCCAAGCUGAUAUCCAUCUACCAAAAGAUUAAGCAAAUGCUGGUAAACAAAGGAAAUGAUGACGACUUUGAAAUUGUGUUUGUGUCAAGUGAUCGCGAUCAAGCUGAAUUCGACUCCUACUUCAAUAGCAUGCCAUGGCUAGCAUUGCCUUUCGGAGAUCCUGCCAACAAAACCCUUGCUAAGCACUUCGAUGUAAAAGGUAUCCCUUGCUUGGUAAUUUUAGGUCCUGAUGGUAAAACUGUCAGUAAACAUGGGAGAAACCUAAUUAACUUGUACCAAGAAAAUGCGUACCCUUUUACCGAGGCCCAAGUGGAUUUACUGGAGAAACAAAUGGACGAGGAGGCUCAAAGCCUACCAAGAUCAAAGAACCAUGCAGGGCAUCGACAUGAACUAACCUUGGUUUCAGAAGGAACUGGAGGAGGACCGUUUAUAUGCUGUGAUUGUGAUGAACAAGGUUCAGGAUGGGCUUAUCAGUGCCUUGAAUGUGGAUACGAGGUGCAUCCCAAGUGUGUCAGAGCUGUGGACCGUGGCUCCAUGGCUGAGAGCUGAUAAUUAAGUCCUACGUGCUGAUCUUGCUAAUAAUCAAGCUUGGGUGUUCAUUUGUGCAUGUUGUCUAGUUGAAAUCGUAGAUUUGGCAUGUCAGUCUCUUAAUCACUACCAUAUAUGUAGAUUGGUUCUCUUACUGGAACAGUCUUCUGUAACAUGGGCUUUAACUUGGGAAUUUUAUUUUAGAUAAAGCUUUGAAAAUCUCUUUAAAAUUUUAAA